GUUUUGUUUUGUUUGUCUUUUCUUGUGUUUUGGGGUCCCAUAUUAUUAUGCCUUUUGACCGUAUAUAUUUUAUUUUUAUUUUUGUUUUGUGACUUUUCUGAUUGAUGUUUAUCAUAUGACAAUGGAACCUUUAAAUCAAUCCUUGGUUUGAUAAUGGCGCAAGCCGAAACAUGUAACCGGAUGAUUUGAAUACAAGGUUCCACCACUGAAGUGCUUUAUAGACUUUUUUCUUUUCCUCUUCAUACCCAGCACUUCAAAAUGGGAUUUUAUGAGAUUAUGUUAACGGCGAGUCUGGCCUUACUUUCCCGAACAUAUGGUAGGUUAUCAUUGAAGUCACAAAGGUUCAUGGGUCACAUCGAGUUCUGUAGGACAUGUCUGAGGGAGGACUUGACACCAACAUGGUUAAAGAUCAGAUUUAGGAGAGACGAUAGGGUUGCACAACAUCAAAUCCACCUGCUAAAAAGAAAACUACUUAAGUGGGAGAUUAGGAAAUGGUACAGCCGACUCUACACAAAUAAUAAGAAACUGAGUAUAGUUACGGGGAUACUUAGAGAUAAGAUGACGGAGAGAGCUUUCAACAAUUUAAUUCAUCACAACAAGUCAAAACUUCACAGUCUCAAACUUAAAAGUACUAGAAUCCAACGACAAAAAAUUGAUAAGUUGUCAAAGCAGGACAUGUCUCAAAGCUCAAGUGUUUUUCUUAAGAAUGGAAUAAAUUUCAAAGAGCCAAUACUCAACUUGUCAGAUACGACGUUCAACGAAUCAGAAACCAAACUGUUGAGCUUGGGUUUAAAAUUCUCCUUCUCAAAUUAUAAUAAGUCAAUGAUCACCGAAAAACUGGUCGUCGCAGUUGAGACUUUCCUGAAAUCCAACAGAGUGAUUAAUCCUCAUAUAAUUCGUAGUCAUAUUAUUUCAAUCUUAGACAAAUUCAAGAAGUCCAGAAUCAGGACACCAAAAUAUAUAGUUGAUCUUAAACGGAAUCUCACAGCUAUCUCUAAAAAGAUUAAGGACAAUAACUUGUUUUUCUCCAAAGCAGACAAGGGUGAUUGUUUAGUAGUUCUAAAUAAGACUGAAUAUAUCAACAAAGUUCAUGAUUUCCUUUCCAACAACGGUUUCAACAAGACAACGAGGUCAAAUGUUAACAAAUACAACGCUAAGUUUAAGAAUAAACUUUCAUCCCUUGGUCCAUUGCUGUGCAACAACUGGAGGUCACUUAUGCCUAUGUCAUUCACCACCCCUGGACUGUAUGGUCUUCCGAAAAUCCAUAAAGAAGGCAUCCCUAUCAGACCGGUGGUUUCGUUCUGUGGCAGUCUAGCCUAUAAACUGUCAAAACAUCUGAAUAAGCUUCUAAUGUCUGCCAUCAAUUUCAAGUCGGAAUUCAGCGUUGAUAACUCUUUGGAUCUAAUUAGUAGAAUUAAGGAUUUACGAAUCCCAAACAACACUAUACUGGCUUCUUUUGAUGUGAGCAAUCUGUUUACGACAGUACCAGUCCCGCAGACAUUGCAGAUAUUUAAAAACAAGUUGAUUGAUUCUUCGAUGUCCGACGACUUGACUAAUUGUGUAUUCCAACUCACAGAAUUAUGCCUUCAACAAAACUUUUUCAACUUUGAAGGAGAAAUUUUUACACAAAGGGAAGGCUUGAGUAUGGGCAACUGCCUUUCCCCUCUCUUCGCAGAACUCUUCAUGUCAUAUUUCGAAAAGAAGCUGAUUUUCAUACCGAACAAUCCUUUCAAGGAUAAAAUUCUUUUUUGGUUCAGAUAUGUAGAUGACAUAUUGAUAGCUUGGAUUGGUAGUGAGGAAGAACUAAAAGAGUUCCAUGAGUGGAUCAAUAAACUUCAUAUGAACAUCAACUUUACAUUGGAACUCGAGUCAGAACGGAGGAUCAACUUUUUAGACCUUUCAAUUAGUAGACACCUAAAUAAGUUAACUUUUAGUAUAUAUAGGAAACCCUCUCAAACAUCCACCAAAAUCAACAAAACUUCAUGCCAUUACAUGGGCCAUAAAAUGGCGGCUUUCAACACAUACAUCACUAGACUGCUCAAUGUUCCUUUGAGUCAAGAUGCUUACAGUGAGGAGGUGAACACCCUGAGGUAUCUGGCAGGGGAGAAUGGUUACCAUCCGGAUGUCAUUGACAGGCUAAUUGACAGGAGAAGGAAGAAACAAGGCAUGAAAAAACCCCACUUGUCGACUUCAGAUCCUUCGAACAAUAAAUACUGCUGCAUCCCUUUCUAUGGCGGCAUUUCACAUAAAAUCGCCAACGUAAUUAGACAGAUCGAAAACUCCAAGGUAACAUUUAAAUCUGAUAACAUCUUGAGCCAAUUCAUAAUUAAGAAUAAGAGCCCUAUUGAUAACUUGGACAAACCGGGCGUCUACAGAUUGGAGUGCGGUGAACCAGGCUGCAACGUUGUUUAUGUGGGCAGGAGUGGCAGAUCCAUUCAAACGAGGACAAGAGAACAUCUAAAUAGUGCUAAAAAUCCAAACAACGAUAAAUCUAUCUUCGGUUGUCACAUAAGGGAAGAAGGACAUAGGUUCGAUAUUGAAGAGAACACCAAACUUAUUCAUCACUGCGAUUUUGGCUACAAACAGGAAAUUCUAGAGGAGGUAGAAAUCUUUAAACACCUUAAGAACACAGAAUACAGGACACUAAAUGCGAUGUUGACCAACAACGUGAAAGACACAUAUAAAAUCUUAGAUUGA